CACUCACUCAGCGGCUGCUGUUACCACACAUGACACAGGGCACCAGUGAGCUGAGAACCGGAAAUCAGUCAACAAGUUAAUUAAGAUAUUAGUUCAGCACUAAACCAGCUACUCGAUCCGACAAUUGUUGGUGAACGACACAGAAAGACCAGACUCAGUUGAGAGACACUGUGGAUAAUUCAAUAUGUACACCUCUGACUGCGCAGAUGAACUGGAAUUAAAACCUACUCAAGAGAAAAAUGAAGAAGGCAAAGGGGUUUGAAAAAAAUAAUGGAAAGCAAGAGGACCAAAAAGAGAGAUGCAACGCACCAGUGAGUAGGAAACUGUAGGGGGGAGGAGAGUGGAAAAAAGGGAGAGUGUGUGCGGUGCAAGUGUGUUCCGGUGUGUCAGGUGCGUGUGUGGGUGUUACUUCUGGUAACCAGGCAGAGACAGACCUCGUCUCGUGGGGAUGUGGGGGGAGUGACUUAAUCAGCAAUGAAUACAACCAGAGAGAAAAAAAAGCACAUGCAAAGCACUCUGCCUCACUCUGACAGGGUCUCAAGCUCAGAGAGCACUGCCUCUCGCUCUCUGUACAAAAACAAUCCUUCCAACAAAGUUCAGCCCGUACAUAUGAGAGAGGCUGCUGUUACUAUCACUCCGGCUGCAGCUGUUCUGUUGCUGCUGACAAUGGCGCCAAUGGAAAUGACUUGUGCUCUCCACCGGACUCUGGAUGGAAUGUGCUAACAAGCUCAGAGCAACAGACGCUGAUGUCUAAUGUUUUACUUCUUCACCAAGAGGACUACAGACUGAACUACCUCGAAGGAGUUUUAUCUGUGGUGGUGCUGUGUGGAUACGGUGAAGCAGGGCUAUUAUGCACCUUGAGGGGGCAAAAUGCAGCUUCCUGUUGUGCCUUGGGAUAAGUACUAUUAUCUGUUCAGUCAUUUACUUGAGGACGAACAUGCCAACAGAGCCCAAGCUGCUAGAGCCUCCAAGCUGCAGGCCCUUCUCCACUAAAUGUAAAGCUUUGCUGCCCAGCAUAGAGGAAGGAGUGCAGUGGAACCGCCAUGACUGCCAGAUGGAAAACUAUAUCCUGAAUAGUCAAAUGCAGUGUUCCAAUUUGACCAGAGACCUACACUUCAUCACAAGACCUCUAAGUCGUGAGGAGGAGGACUACCCCAUAGCAUUCAUUGUGACUGUUCACAAGGAGCUAGAGCUAUUUGUGCGCCUGUUGCGGGCCAUUUACAUGCCACAAAAUGUCUACUGCAUUCAUGUGGAUGAAAAGGCUUCAUUGGAGUACCAGACUGCUGUACUGAAGCUAGUCAGCUGCUUUGAAAAUACCUUCCUCUCCAGCCGCAGCGAGACAGUGACAUACGCUGGGUUUUCCCGCCUGAAAGCAGAUUUGAACUGCAUGAAGGAUCUAGUGAAGUCCAAGAUCGGCUGGAAGAAGGUGGUGAAUCUGUGUGGACAAGAUUUCCCUGUCAAGAGCAACCUGGAAUUGGUGCGGUACAUGCAGAGCAAAGAGUGGAGGGACAGAAACAUGACGCCUGGGGUCAAGCAGCCCGUGACUAUGAGGCACAGGACACAUCUCCAGCACCGGGAGAUAACAGGGUCACAUGUAGCUCUCAAAGGGCUGGGACUGACGAAAGGUCCUCCUCCACACAAUCUGCAAGUUUAUUUUGGAACAGCCUACUAUGCUCUCACAAGGGCUUUUGUAGACUUUGUUCUGGAAAGCCCAAUAGCCAAAGACCUCUUGGAGUGGUCCAAAGACACAUUCAGUCCAGACGAGCACUACUGGGUGACACUCAACCACAUCAAAGAAGCUCCGAGCAGCAACAUAGAUGGAGAUUGGUCAGGAGACAUCCGAGCAAUCAAGUGGAGGGAUCAAGAGGGGAAAACACACAAUGGAUGCAAAGGGCAUUAUGUGCGAGACAUCUGCAUCUUUGCAGUUGAAGACCUGCCGUGGAUCGUCAUGAGGAACAGCAUGUUUGCCAAUAAGUUUGAGACUAAUAGCUUUCCCGAGGCCGUCGACUGCCUGGAGCAGUGGCACAGGAACAAGGUGUUGAGCCAGGCAACUGUUCCCAUAGAGCCAUCAUGGCUGCUGGCCACACAGAGCAACUCAAGCAGCAGCCAUUUCCACAGCACUGCUGGAGCAUGAAAUCGCUUUUGGUAUCCUCAAAAAAACGGUCAGGUGGCGUGAAGUUUCGAUUAUAUGCACUUGCCUGUGAAUGUCGAAAAUGUGAACAGAAAAAAAAUGAACUGAGAACAGCAGGACGAAGCACUGCCCACUUCCUCUGCAGUGUAGUUAUAGUUUACAGACAUAUUUAUCUAUUUAUCAUACUGUAAGACGACUGCUCUUUUUGACAGUAAGAAGACAGUAUGGACUAAAAUAUCUUUACAGUAAAGUAAAUUAGUUAAAGCAGAAGUUCUAUGAAUUCAGUUUCAAAACUAUAUACCAGUAUACAACAGAUACUAUGUGAGACAACUACACUGUAGAGUAUUACAUAAACAACUGAUAAUGCAUUUCCUACUGUUUAAUUUAAUUUAAUAUUUUGACUAAUAUUGUUUAACUUAUUGUCAUUUAGUGUGUAGUCCAGUUAAAGAACACUUGGUUAUAUACGCAGACAGCACUGAUUCUUGCAAUAGGUGUAAAAGUUAACCUGCUGACUAUGUACACAUGUUCCUGUCAUGCACACGAUUAUCAUGAUUGGGCUGCUAUAUUUGAGACAAUUAGUAAUGUACUGGGGAAAACAGUAGACCUUGACCCCCCUUGCUGCCCUCUUCAGAAUCUCCUCCGUGUCCAGUAUGCCCAAGACUGCACAACAAGUCCUUGCUUUAACGACCUUACUCGCUAGGAGACUCAUUCUCCUUAAAUGGACGCACUCCUCCCUUCCUACUCAUAAUAGAUGGAUUCAUGAAGUGCUGCAGUGCAUUGGACGUGGGAGGAUCAGAUUCUCUGUGAGAGGAUCCCUUAUGACUUUCUAUAAAAUUUGGCAACCUUAUUGACUCACUAUCAGUGAUGUAACUCAUAAAAAAUAAACUGAGCCGCCCCUUUUUGUGUUGUUUUGUUCUGUUUUGUCUGUUGUUGUCAUUUGGCAUGGUUCCAAUUUGUCUUUGUGCUGCGUGUGUGUGAUUGUUUUUCACGGGUGGGUGACAGGGACCCAAACAUCCUGGAAGGUAGACGAGAGUGGGAUCCAGGAAAAUUGAUAGGAGUGGGAUGGGGGUUAUUAUAGGCAUCACAGAACCCUGUUUCCUCAACUGUUUUUGUGAAUGCUGUUAAUUUCUGUGUAAAAACUAAUAAAGAGAGUUGGAGAGAAACAAAAA